AUUCAAAUUUGUUUGAAGCUCAACGUCCACCUCAACGAUUUUUGUUUGACGUAAAUUUUGAACUUACUAAUUCAAGCAUUUUAGUUUAUUACACGUUUAUUUACAUAGAUAUAAUUGUGACGUGAGUGUAAAGGUUUUGCGGAUUUUUUUAUGUGUAUUUUGUCAAGAUGACGUCGGAAAAAGUGUGCAGAAAGGACAAAAAUCAGAACAUUCAAGUGUUCGUCAGAUUGAGGCCCUUGAAUCAACGGGAAAGGGACAUAAAAUCACUGGGUGUUGUGGAAGUAGUGAACAGUAGAGAAGUGGUUGUGCGGCAAUCGCAACAGACAUCACUUACUAAGAAAUUUACUUUUGACCGAGCCUUUGGUCCUCAUGCCAAACAGGUGGAAGUUUAUCAGGAGGUGGUCAGCCCCCUCAUUGAGGAGGUGCUGGCCGGAUACAACUGUACUGUCUUUGCUUACGGACAGACAGGCACAGGCAAGACGCAUACUAUGGUCGGAGAGAACACUAGUGAUGAGACAACAUGGCAGAAUGAUCCAUUGGCAGGUAUUAUACCCCGAGCACUAAGCCAGCUAUUUGACGAGCUCCGCAUCUCCAACACAGAAUAUACUGUCCGAGUUUCAUACUUGGAGCUGUACAAUGAGGAGUUGUUUGAUUUGCUCUCCUCCUCUGAAGACAACUCGAAGCUGAGGAUUUACGAGGAUGUGACUAGGAAGGGAUCAAAUAUUGUUAACGGCUUGGAGGAAAUAACAGUAUAUAACAAAAACGAAGUUUACAAGAUAAUGGCACAAGGACAAGAGCGAAAGAGAGUUGCGUCUACCCUCAUGAAUGCACAAUCAAGCCGCUCGCACACAGUGUUCACGAUCGUGGUACACAUGAAGGAGAACAGCCCCGAAGGCGAGGAACUGGUGAAGAUUGGCAAACUGAACCUGGUGGACCUGGCUGGCUCCGAAAAUAUUAGUAAGGCUGGGUCGGAUAACCCUGCGAAGCGUGAACGCGCUCGUGAAUGCGUCAACAUCAACCAAUCGCUGCUCACUCUCGGCCGGGUUAUCACUGCGCUGGUGGAGAGGCAUCCGCACAUACCCUACAGGGAAUCAAAGCUGACCCGCAUCCUCCAAGAAUCCCUGGGUGGUCGCACCAAGACCUCCAUCAUAGCCACCGUAUCCCCCGGACACAAAGACCUGGAGGAAACCAUGAGCACCCUGGAGUACGCUCAUCGGGCCAAGAAUAUCCAGAACAAGCCUGAAAUCAACCAGAAGAUGACGAAGAAAGCUAUACUUAAAGAGUUUGCCGAAGAAAUUGAUAAGUUGAAAAAGGAUCUGCAGGCAGCGAGGGAUAAAAAUGGUGUCUACUUAGCCAGCGAUACCUUCGCUGAGAUGACGCUGAAACAGGAGGAGCAACGGAAGGAGAUCCAGGAGUUGUUGCUGAAGAAACGCGCCAUGGAAGAGGAGAGAGACCGUGCGGAGAGUGUGUUCAACGAAUUGAAUCAGAAACUUCAGAUGACGGGCAGCCAGUUGGACAACACUAGGGCUCAACUCAACACUACCAAGGCACAACUAGUGGACACCACCAAUAUGCUCCGUACCAAACAAUUGGAGUAUGAAGAACAGAAGUAUCUGGUGGCGAGUCAGCAGCAAACGGAACAUAAACUUGGUGCUCAAGCAAAGGAAUUGGUACAAGUGGCUGAUACUGUGGCGGCACAUGCUGCUGCCUUGCAUGAUAAUAUCGCCACGAGAAGGAGUAUAGAGUCUGCCAACCUUGAGGUAACCAGGACAUAUCGACGCGAGUCUGCCCAACAGAGAACGUUGAUCACUACAAGCAUUCACCAGUUUGCUGACACCUUGCUUCAGACGCUCAACGGAAUGCAUUCUACACUAGAUAAUUUUACAACUAACACUAUGGAGACUCACGACCAGAACAUAAGCAAGUUAUCAGAAUUAAUCAACAGUAUUUCUGAAGCAACAAAUGAGAUGAAGUGCCUAAGUGAAGCGACGCACGCGCGGGUCUGCAACGGGAUGGGUGACCACCGCAACAGGUUCGACGAUUGUCUGGGAGCUCACAUUAAUACGAUACGCGCAGCCCUCGAAGCUUCCGUGACUGCGCUGACUGCCAGUCUACAAAACGCCAGGGAUAUUGUGGGGAGAAACGAUGUCGCCAACUUUGUUAACCAAUGGUACACCGACGCUUCAGGUCGCGUUUCAUCGCUUCAACGCUUGCACGCUCGCUUAGUAAGCGACGCUUCGGAUGCGGAGCGACGUCGCCGCGAGGUUGCGAAACGACACCAAUCACAGAGGACAACAAGGGCUCAACAGAGGCAACAAACGCUGCAGAAUUGUAUGCAGCAAAUCGAAGAGGAAAAGGCAGAAAUCCAGGGGCGUUUAAAGAAGCAACUAGAAGAUAUAGAACAGGAACGAUCGGCCACGGAAGAACGCCUCCAACUGUGGGUGGAAGAGGAGAGAAGGUUAUUGGAAGAGAGGCUCGCUAAACACCUCGCUACAGAGAGACAGGCACUAGAAGAAAGACUGAACAAGAAGAUGAUCCAAGUAGAAGAGGAACAGAAGCUGCUAGAAGACAGGAUAGCCAGGCACGUGAAUUGGCAGAAGCAGCAACUGCAAGAUUGCAGCGAAGACUUAGAGAUGGCUGAUAAAGACUUAGAAGAAUAUGAAUCCGGAAUGGAGGAUACAAGGAAACACUUCACUAAAUACAACAAGGAGUUCGAAGAGGGGUCGAGUGCAGUGAGCGCAGAUUUGGAAGUGUUGACCCGCAACGUGUGCGACCUCACGCACCACGUGUGCAACCAACUUUAUGCUGCUCUAAUGCAAGCGGAGAAUAAUGCACAGCAACAAGCCAACGAACUAGCAGCCAGCUCGAACACGACAAGAGAACAAUUGACAUCCACCACAGAGAAUAUCCUAUCAGAGGUCGUCAAAUGCAACAAGGAAGCCUUACUCGAAGUUUAUAACCGUUUCGAGACCAAUACCACCCUAACUGCCGCCGAGUUAUCCCGCCUAUCUGCCUCCAUUACCACCAUAAAAGACAAUUCCCGUAACCACCUCUCUACCCAGUCUGAGACCUUGGAAGCAGUGCAGCAUCACGCUAUGAGCUUGGACUGCAAUGUUAAGGAGGCGGUGCUGCAGUGCGAGUAUCUGGAGAAUAAGUACCUCAACGACGAGUAUAGGAUGUAUACUUCUACUGGCAGUACUCCAGUACGACGUCAAUAUUCCUACCCGCGAGUACUGGCAGCCACGUCUCCGCACGAGCGAAUCCUAGCGCGAUACCGCCAGCAACGAGUCAAUCCUCUCCAGGACGUGGUAGUGAUAGAGUCAGACGGCGAGCUAGCGGCGGGCAGUGAAUCCGAGACUUCGAGCGAAGAGAUAUUCGCUGAACCAUCGCCCCUCGUGACCAUACCUACGUCUACGCCGGCCAUAUGCAAAUCUACUUCGGAGACUGAUAUAUAUGUGAGGAGGAAACAGCAAGAUAAAGAGCAAGCGGGCAAAGAAAACCCAGACCGGUCAAUGCAUUACCGCAAACCUUCGAAGCUGCCCGCGCCUUCCUCCAUCAAGAAACCACUCAUAGAACGCAACGGCACUAUCAACUGACAUCAACACACGAUAAUGUGCCGAUAAACCUCCCACCAGGUAGGCAAUGAACGUACUACCUUUGAAAAUGAGCCAAUGCUCGUGUAAACAUGAAAUACUAUCAUAUUUGGGACUCGAAAAGGGGUAUUUGAUCUGAAAAAUGACAAGAAUGUGUAUUUAUAACCUCCUUAUCAUCACAUAUCAACUUAACUAUACUCGACAUAUUGCGACUCGUAUACUCAUUGCAAUAAGAGAAUUUAGUGAAAAUAAUGUCACAGUAUAAAAAAAUACAGUAAGUAGAUAUUAAAAUGCUACCUUAGAAAAUGAGCCCAAUGCUUAUGUGAACAUGAAAUACAUAUUUGGAACUCGAAAAGGGGUAUUUGAGUUGAAAAAUGACAAGAAUGUGUUAUUUAUAUCCGCCCUAUCAUCACACAUCAACUUAACUAUACUCGACAUAUUGCGAGUCGUAUAUUCAUUGCAAUAAGAGAAUUAAAAAAAAGUAUGUCACAGUAUAAAAAAUGUCAGUAAGUAGAUAUUAAAAAUCACAAAGUAAUAACAUUUCGAGUCUCAGAUAUGGCAAAUUAAUAAAAUCGAAUUAUAUCAAAUAUUACGAUAAUUCUAGAAUUAGAUGGUAAUUAUAAUUAGAAUGUUUGUUUUACUAUAAUAUAGUAAUUGAAAUAUAUCGCGUAAGAGUUUUAAUUUUGGUUAUUAUGAUUGUAAAAGAGAUAUUCGUUUACAUGUUGAGGCAUGCGAAUUACUGAAAUUUAAAUUAUUUUAAAGAUAUUAUUUCUCUUUAGAUCUUCGAAGACUUUGAAACUGGACAUGUAUGUAAAAGAAUAUAAUCCUUUAUUUUUGUCUGCAAUAACUGCUUUAUCUUGCAAAUAUUACUGUUUAAAAUUAUUUUAAAUAAGCUUACAAAAGUAGACAGAUUACGAAUUUAAGUAACUGCAUAUCAACGAAACUUAAUUAAAUGCAUAUCAACAAAACUGUGCAGUUUCGAAUAGUAAUGGGUUAGGGAAAGGUCAGAAGUGCAAAAUAUAAAUAAAAAAAGACCAAAGUAAACAAUUCAAACUCUUAUUUCCAAAUAAUCUUUCUCUUCCCCUCAUUUUGAUAUGAAUAAUAAGCUCCCUCGUGAAAUGUAAGACCCUUUUCACUUUACUUCCAAUCGUUAUAAUACUUAAAUUAUGUUUAAUUUUUUUUAAUAAGUAUUGCAUAGAACAGGGUAGGCGAACCUUUAUGAAUCAACGUGCCAUUUUUUCUAAAAAAUCUUUAAUUGGGUCAUUGGCAUGCCAUCAAAUAAUUUUGACUUUAUGAUUAUUUAGAAGAUAAUAAUAUAAAUACUAUCAGAAAUCUUUAUGAAACAUAGUAAACCAAAGAGACACAUUCUGGAAUGUUUUUAUUACACGCAUAAAUUAGAUUACUGUAAAAUUAGUGUGACUUCUGUUGCUGCCGGUUUGAUAACAAAUAAUUUAUGUUAGGGUUGUAAGAUGCUACUUUUAGCAAAAUGCAUGCUGAACUGGAUUCAUCUGUCAAACGGUUUCUAAACGAGUUUUUAAUGUUAUUCAUCUCUGAAAACAAUGACUCGCAGGCAUAGGUAUAUGAAAACAUUGUUAAAAUAGCAUGUGCUAACUUAUUCAAACAGUUACUUCGUAGCGUAGGAUCACUCGCGUUCGAUCGUCAUAAAAUACCUACUUCAAUCAUUUUUUACACAUGUUUUAUGAUUGGCGACGUGCCCAAAAUAUUGUGUCGCGUGCCAUCAGUGGCACGCGUGCCAUUGGUUCGCCUACCCUGGCAUAGAACUUACUGAUUUUUUUACAAUCGUUGAGAACUGCCCUUUUCCUAGGCUGUGCCAAAUCACUUUCAUAGUAUUAUUAUAAUCGUAUAAAAGUGUUUUAAUCUUGAUUAUGUUCACAAAUGAAUGGUCAUCUUCUAGUAAUUUCGAUUGCAAUUGCGUGAUUUAAAGACAAUUUCAAUUAAAAAAUAGUAUUGAUUGAAGAAAAUAUGUCACAUUUUUGUAAAUGUACUUUCCUCAAGUGUUGACUUAUAACAUUGUUAAGUGACGUGCUUGUAAAAGUGUUUCUUUUUAUCAGUUUUCUUGUAUAUUUUAAUGGAAUCUAACUUUGAUUUAUAUUAUGUAUUCGAUGUACGUUACUGAAUAUAAAUAUUAUUUCUUCCCAAGUGCUUGCUUUUUCAUUUUAAAUGUAAUUAUGUUUUAAAUCUAAAGAAAAUAUAACU